CAUUUCCCAGCUACUUUUCACAAGCUAGUUUUUUUCAUUUGUGCUGAGAUCCCAGAAUUCUACAAUUUAUUGAUCAGCGGAUCAGUUCAGACAUGGCCUCAGCUCCAGCACAGCAGCCUACCCUCACUGUUGAGCAGACCAGAGUGGUACUGAGCGAAGUGAUCCAGGCCUUCUCGGCACCAGAAAAUAUUGCAAGGAUGGAGGAGGCUCGAGAAAGUGCCUGCAACGACAUGGGCAAGAUGUUGCAGCUCGUGCUCCCUGUGGCCACCCAGAUUCAACAAGAGGUUAUCAAAGCUUAUGGCUUCAACAAUGAGGGAGAGGGUGUCCUAAAAUUUGCCAGAUUGGUGAAGAUGUAUGAAACUCAGGACCCUGAAAUUGCAGCAAUGUCGGUUAAACUCAAGUCUCUCCUCCUGCCACCACUGUCAACACCACCUAUAGGAGGUGCCAUCCCAUCUUCAUAGGACCUCUUUACCUUCAUUGGUCAACUGCAAGGUUGCAUUCAUCCAAUUCUUUGUUUCAACACAAAGAUACUGCAAUUCCAAGAUCUGUCAUCUACUCUUCCUGAGAAAUAAUGGGAACAUAUAAUUUCAAACUUAAUAAAAAUAAAAAAAACACACGUUCCAACAAAGAUGAAACAUACUGUAUCAAGGUUUAAUUUAAAACAUCCUUGCAUAAUUGUUAAAUUAUUGCCUUUAAAAUGUUUCAGUAUUAUUUGUUACAUGUUCCAUUGACACUUUUCAUUGAACCUUAAACAUUUCCUUCACUGCUA